GUAUCUUCUUUCUUUUAAUGGCUGCUUCAAGUUUCUCUUUUCCCACUUCAUCUUCUUCAUUCAUGACGACUUCUUUCACCGACCUUCUUGCUUCUGAUGAUUAUCCAACCAAAGGACUUGCUGAUAGAAUUGCAGAGAGGACUGGUUCUGGAGUUCCUAAAUUCAAAUCUCUUCCACCUCCUUCACUUCCAUUAUCGCCUCCUCCUUUUUCGCCUUCCUCUUACUUUGCUAUUCCUCCUGGUUUAAGUCCAACUGAACUUUUAGACUCCCCUGUUCUUUUGUCUUCUUCAAACCUUCUUCCAUCUCCGACGACUGGGAGUUUUCCAUCUCGUGCUUUUAAUUGGAAGAGCAGUAGUCAUCAGGAUGUGAAACAGGAAGACAAAAACUACUCAGAUUUUUCUUUCCAGCCUCAAGUAGGGACAGCUGCAUCAUCAAUCUCUCAAUCUCAAACUAACCAUGUCCCUCUGGGGCAGCAAGCAUGGAAUUGUCAAGAGCCCACAAAACAGAAUGAUCAAAAUGCUAAUGGAAGAUCCGAAUUCAACACUGUACAGAAUUUUAUGCAGAAUAAUAAUGAUCAGAACAAUAGUGGAAACCAAUACAAUCAGAGUAUAAGGGAGCAGAAAAGGUCAGAUGACGGAUACAAUUGGAGGAAAUACGGGCAGAAACAAGUAAAAGGUAGUGAAAAUCCGAGAAGCUACUACAAGUGUACAUACCCAAAUUGUCCCACCAAGAAGAAGGUUGAGAGAUCUUUAGAUGGUCAAAUUACUGAAAUUGUGUACAAGGGUAAUCACAACCAUCCAAAGCCUCAGUCUACCAGAAGAUCGUCAUCAUCCACAGCUUCAUCUGCAUUCCAAUCUUACAAUACACAAACUAAUGAAAUUCCAGAUCAUCAAUCCUAUGGUUCAAAUGGACAAAUGGAUUCCGUUGCAACACCUGAGAAUUCUUCGAUUUCAUUUGGGGAUGAUGAUCAUGAACACACUUCUCAAAAGAGUAGUAGGUCAAGAGGAGAUGAUCUUGAUGAAGAGGAACCAGACUCAAAAAGAUGGAAAAGAGAAAACGAAAGUGAAGGUGUAUCUGCACUAGGAGGGAGUAGGACAGUUAGAGAACCUAGAGUUGUAGUUCAAACUACGAGUGACAUCGAUAUCCUAGAUGAUGGUUAUAGAUGGAGGAAGUAUGGUCAAAAAGUAGUGAAAGGAAAUCCUAAUCCCAGGAGCUACUACAAAUGCACAAGUACGGGAUGUCCAGUAAGAAAACAUGUGGAAAGGGCAUCACAAGACAUAAGGUCAGUGAUAACAACCUAUGAAGGGAAGCACAACCAUGAUGUUCCAGCAGCAAGGGGCAGUGGCAACCACUCAAUUAACCGACCUAUGGCACCGACCAUAAGGCCUACUGUGACAUCUCAUCAAUCCAACUAUCAAGUUCCAUUACAAAGUAUAAGGCCACAACAGUCUGAAAUGGGAGCACCCUUUACACUAGAGAUGUUGCAGAAGCCUAAUAAUUAUGGUUUCUCAGGAUAUGCAAAUUCAGGGGAUUCAUAUGAAAACCAAGUUCAGGACAAUAAUGUGUUUUCGAGAACUAAGGACGAGCCUCGAGAUGACUUGUUUAUGGAGUCAUUGCUUUGCUGAAACUGGAAUCCUAGAAAGGAGCACGAAUUGAAGUUUAUGAAACGAAAAACUGAACCUUUUAUUUAUUUAUUUUUGCAUAAAGAAUAUGAUAGGAAGCAUUUUGAUUUCAUUUGUUAAUAGAUCAUAUACUGUUUUUUUUUUUGGUGUGUGUACAUUUUGUACUAGGAAAUUUGUUUGUUGUAAAUUCAAUCAAAUGCGGUGUAGAUGUUCAUGCAGUUACCACUGUUAUGGGGGUUAUAUAAUUUAGGAUAGGAAUGUAAAUCCCCAACUCAUGACUAUAUGACACUGAUUCUUUAUUUCUAUCACAUUUUCAAGUUUUAUAUAUUAAA